AUGCCCGAACCCACAGAAUCCGCGGAAGACCACCGUCCUAGAUUCUUUUGUGUUUAUGAAAUUUAUUUUAAGGGUUGCGGACUGACCUUCCCGCUUCCUGAAGCUUUGGUUCGUUACCUUGAAGCUCUCGAGAUUGCCUUACCCCAGCUGACCCCCAAUCUUCUCCGAACUAUCCUGGGAAUCAUAAGUAUCACGGCGGAGGCCAGAUUUGUCAUCGGGGUUCAUGAAUUGAAAGAGCUCCUCAACAUGAGAAGCUCAUCAAAGAGAACCGGAAAACCCCUGCUUCAAUCGGAAACCUUUCCGAUGUGCUCCCAUCGAAGUGCUUUCAUUGCUCCGACUCUCUUGACUACGGAAUUCGUCGAAUUCUUCAAGAUUGUUAUCGAAGGGGAGACCCUUUGGAACUCAUUCACUCUCGACCGUUUAAUAGAGGCUAAUUGUAAGCUCAGAAUGAGUCCACCCAGACAGUUUCACCAACUUCCACCGCCUCCUCCUCUACCUCAACGAACUUCAGUCAGGGCUGUUGCUUCCCGGUGCAAGACAUUGUCCAAACCGAUGGUGGAAGCCUGUGAGGCGAACAAGUCGUUUCUUAUGUCUGCUGUCGACAAGAAAGAGUACAGCAGAACUUUACUAGUGGAUGACGACAGCGCUGAAGGGGCGAGAUCUGCCGGUGCUUUCAAACCUACACCUCACCGUGAAAGUCGUAGCAGUCGCUCACCUCGAAGAGAUCGUUCUCCUCGCCGUGACUCUCCUCGACCCUCUUCCCGGGAUAGGAGGGGCAAAUUGAAAGCUCGGAUUGAUCGUUCCCCUAAAUCAUCUUCCCCACCACGCUCGAUGGGUUCCCCUCCUUCUCUUGUUAUCAUAUCUCCUUUCUCUCGACCUGGAGCGAUGGAAACAAAGGGAAAUGUCUUCCGAUGCUUCAAGAAUCGGAAAGAUACGAUCCUGCCAACCUUUGACAGGUGGCGUCCUGCAAUUCGCGAGCGCUUUUUACUCCUCGCGCAUUAUUCAUCUCGGGCCAGAAGAGAGGUGAAAGGUCGUGGGAUGGAAUUGAUUCAAGGGGAUAUCCUUUUCAUUCAGACCGAGAAAACUAGGACGGAGCUGGAAUCAGACAUCAAAGAGUAUGAAAGCAACUUACUCCUUCUAGAUCAAACUCACGAUGAGGACUUCUCCUUGUACUCGCAUUUUUCUGAUUCAAAAUGUUUGCCCACUGAACCCGAGAUGGUUGCCAUGCCGGUGAAAACUCCCGAGCCUACUCCCAUCUUGCCUGAAGUCCCUUUGGUGGUAAAUAGCGAAACGGUGAUCAUCGCGAAUGAUGAGGACAUUUCCGGGUUUGAACUGGAGACCUCUACUAAGCAACCCCCUAUUGGUGAAACGACUGGGCUAGAGUCAGCAGCCGCUGAGACGGUCCACCCUGAACCGACUGUCGCCGAGUUUGAGACGCCUGGUGAUUCAACGAAGGAGCUUCCACCGUUUGUCCUCUCGACUCCGACAGCCCGUUGUUCCUGUCCGACGACGGCUUUGAGCCAGCCGGCGUUCUCUUCCCUCACGCUGCUUUCCAUUUCCCAUCGGAGGACGAAAAAGAGGCAUAAGACUUCAUGGACAAGGAACUUUGACUGCGUGGCUAAGAUCCCGACCAUGCUCCGGAUGUAUCUCCGUGCGCAGGGUCAAGUUCCCGGUCCCGUGAACACUCCUGUCAAGGUGAUCCCAUGCGAGAGCGAAGACGACGACGAGGAAGAGCCCAACAACUCCUGGAAGCGGGUAAAAAAUUACUUCGAGGCGGAAGUCAAGAAUGAGGCAUCGACUUCGAACCCUGAACUGGCGAUAAAGGAGCCUUAA